AUGGUGCUUGAAAGUACUAUGGUCUGUGUGGACAACAGUGAGUACAUGAGAAAUGGAGACUUCCUGCCCACUCGGCUGCAGGCUCAGCAGGAUGCAGUUAAUAUUGUUUGUCAUUCCAAGACCCGCAGUAACCCAGAAAACAACGUAGGCCUCAUCACCAUGGCAAACAACUGUGAGGUGCUGACCACGCUGACUCCAGAUACAGGGAGGAUACUGUCCAAGCUGCACGCCGUGCAGCCUCGAGGCAACAUCAGCUUCUGCACCGGCAUCAGGGUGGCACAUCUGGCUCUGAAGCACAGGCAGGGCAAAAACCACAAGAUGCGCAUUGUUGCAUUUGUUGGGAGUCCAGUGGAAGACAACGAAAAGGAACUCAUCAAAAUGGCAAAGCGUCUGAAAAAAGAAAAAGUCAACGUGGAUGUGAUAAACUUUGGCGAGGAGGAGAUGAACACAGAGAAGCUGACAGCCUUCAUCAACACACUGAACGGUAAAGAGGGAGCAGGCUCACACCUGGUCACCGUUCCUCCAGGACCCAGUCUGGCUGACGCCCUGCUGUCCUCACCCAUCCUGGCAGGAGAAGGAGGGGCCGUGUUGGGCCUGGGAGCCAGUGACUUUGAGUUUGGAGUGGAUCCUAGUGCCGACCCCGAGCUGGCACUGGCUCUUCGUGUGUCCAUGGAGGAGCAGAGACAACGACAGGAGGAUGAGGCUCGCAGAGCUGCUGUAGCAUCAGCAGCUGAAGCUAACAUCUCGUCUCCUGCUGCAGACGAGUCUGAAGAUGCUCUGCUGAAGGUGUCCGUUCCACGAACAGACUCGGCCACUCCUGCUCUGCCAGACUUCAGUCGUAUGACGGAGGACGAGCAGAUCGCCUACGCUCUGCAGAUGUCCAUGCAGGGAGCAGGAGCAGAGUUUGUUGCUGAGGACAUGGACACAGGUGGUGAUGUGGAUCCCAGUGAGGCUAAGGAUGAAGAGGACUAUGAUGUAAUGCAGGAUCCAGAGUUCCUUCAGAGUGUUUUAGAAAACCUCCCCGGUGUCGACCCGAACAACGAGGCCAUUCGUAACGCCAUGGGCUCGCUGGCCUCCCAGGCCGGCUCCAAACCAGACCCCAAGAAGGACGAGGAGAAAAAGAAAUGAAACGUUAGAUUUUCUGUAUGAUAAAUAAGAGAUGUGAGAGCUUCACUGUAAGAAAACCUCUCUGCAGAAAACAGGUCGUGUCCAUCGUUUCUGUGUAAAUCCUUAAUGAUCAGAAGCUUUUUUUCAUCACAAGCACAUGUGCUUGAGCUUUUUCUUUUUGUAAUAUAACUCCUCUGCAACAUGAACAUAUUUCUUCAAUAAAUUUACAAUAAAAAAGAGAAAAAAAUGAA